AGAGAGAGAGAGAGAGAGAGAGAGUCUUGCCACCCGCGCCGCGCGGAUCCGAGGCUCGUGCGGCCGGCCAGACACGUGCGUAUGCAAAUCGUGGCGACGCGAGUCCAUUCCGCUCGGCCGCACGGCGACGCCUGGUGACGCCGCAUCUAUCGGUGGCCGCGGCGCGCGGAGGAUGCCUGCGUCAUCGUGUAUCGUCGGCGAGAUCGAAACAUGAUCGCGCCGCCUCACCGUCCGCCUCCGUCUCGCUUCCGCGCCCAGUGACUCUCCCCGACGCGAAGUAGAAUUGCCCUGGCGAGAGGCUGGCAGGCUGGCUCCACUUUAAUGGAUGGAGAGAAAGAUUGCCGGCGGAAGAAAGAGGCUCGGGGCGACGCCGCUGCCCCGCUCGCGCCGCCCGAGGAGACGGACUGGCAGGGUAUGCUCAACUCGGAGCGGCAUCGGGGUGACCUCGGAGACAUGACGUUCUGCAUGGCCAACUACCUCAAGGAGGCCAUGAAGAUGAUGUUCAUGAUGCGCAGCCAUCACAUGCUGACCGACGUGAUACUGGAGGUCGGCAGCGAGGUGUUCCACGCGCACAAAGUUAUUUUAGCAGCAGCUAGUCCCUACUUUAAGGCAAUGUUCACUGGAGGACUGAAGGAGUGCGAGAUGACGAGGGUGAAGCUCCAGGGCGUCUGUCCAAGCACGAUGGCUCGGUUAAUGUACUUCAUGUAUACUGGUCAAAUAAAUGUCACUGAGAUUACCGUGUGUUCGCUGCUGUCGGCAGCUACCAUGUUCCAAGUCAGCAAUGUGAUAGAGGCGUGCAGUGUCUUCCUCGAGAGGCAACUCGACCCGACGAACGCGAUUGGAAUCGCCAACUUCGCCGAGCAGCACGCCUGCCAAGAUCUGUACCACAAGGCGAAUCAGUUCAUCGUACAGCACUUCAACCAGAUAUGCCAGGAGGAGGAGUUCCUGCAGCUGUCCGCUCUGCAGUUGGUGACGCUCAUACGGAAGGACGAGCUGAACGUGCAGGAGGAAAGGGAGGUUUACAACGCCGUGCUCAAGUGGGUCAAGUACAACGAGGAGGCGAGGCGGCCCAAGAUGGAGCACAUACUGCACGCGGUGCGCUGCCAGUACCUCACGCCGAAUUUUCUGCGGGAGCAGAUGAAGAACUGCGACGUGCUGAAGAAGGUGCCGGCGUGUCGCGAGUAUCUCGCGCAGAUCUUCAAGGAUCUGACGUUGCACAAGAAGCCGGUUGUGAAGGAGCGCACGCCCAACACGCGGCGGGUGAUAUACAUCGCCGGUGGUUUCUUCAAGCACUCGCUCGACGUUCUCGAGGGCUACAACGCCGACGACAAGACGUGGACGCAGCACGCCAAGCUCAUCGUCCCCAGAUCCGGUCUGGGCGGUGCGUUCCUCAAGGGCAUGUUCUACGCGGUCGGCGGCAGGCACAAUUCUCCGGGAAGCAGGUAUGACAGCGACUGGGUCGACAGGUACAACCCCAUGACGGAUCAGUGGCGACCGUGCAGCCCGAUGUCGGUACCGAGGAACAGGGUCGGGGUCGCCGUUAUGGAUGGUCUGUUGUACGCCGUGGGCGGCAACGCGGACGCUGAGUACCAUAGUAGCGUCGAGUGCUUUGACCCGGAUCAAGACACGUGGACCAGUGUGAAAUGCAUGCAUAUCAAGAGAAUAGGCGUAGGAGUAGCGGUAGUGAAUAGAUUGCUGUACGCGAUCGGUGGCUUCGACGGCAAGGACCGGCUCUCUUCGGUGGAGUGUUACCAUCCCGAGAACGACGAGUGGACGAUGGUGUCGUCUAUGACGUGCAGUCGCUCGGGCGCCGGGGUGGCCAGCCUGAGCCAGUAUAUAUACGUUGUAGGCGGAUACGACGGGAACUCGCAGUUGAACACGGUGGAAAGAUACGACACGGAGCGCGACGUGUGGGAGAGCAUGAGCAGCAUUACUGUAGCCCGCAGUGCUCUCAGCGUUACCAUCCUUGACGGCAAACUAUACGCAAUGGGUGGAUACGACGGUACGACGUUUUCGAAUAUAGUAGAAAUUUACGAUCCGGUCCAGGACCAGUGGACCCAAGGUGUGCCUAUGACAUCGGGGAGAUCCGGCCACGCUAGCGCGGUGUCCUAUUAUCAGUGUCCUAUACACUGCGAUCAUUUGGAUUAUAAUAUCUCGCUGGAGAAACCGCCUUCGUGAUACACGGAACUGAUACUCUUUUUAGGCGACAUUCGUAAGCAAGGAUAGUCAAAUUUUUUUUCAUUCUCGAGCCGAAAUGGAACCGCAAGAUAGGGUGGUGUAAAGGUUCCUUAAAAGUGAACUGUGCGAGAGGGGUGACGAAUGUACAGUUAUCCUCCGAUCGCGCCCGUGGACUGAAUUGAAAAGUGUAUUACGCAAUACGUAGACGACAGGCGACGCGUCGUCUACCCGGACCACAUUCGGUCGGCUAGAGAUUCGCGGCUAGCCGACGGAAAACGCUUUCUCGACAAAGCGAGGUAACUUUGGUUAUCUCGCGGUUUAUCGAAGGACCAAUUUAUCUUAUUCAUUAGGAUAAAUGCGACUGUGCUACAUUUUAUAGCUUUAUCGCUUAUUAAUGUAUAGAGAAAUAAUAUAUAAUGUACAUAUUCUCAUAUCGUAAGAAAAUUAUUUUCAAAGAAAA